CUCUUCCCUAACUAACCACUUGGUUAUAAAUGUAUAUCCUAACUGGUAAAAGCCAGAUGUUUUCCUGUCAAAGUAUUGUCAACUGCCAAAAUACGUAACGGUUUUUGACAUUUAAAAGAAGCCGGUUGGUAAUUUAUACGCGAAAACGUAAAUUAUUCUCUAAGAAUUAUUUUUAAUAUUUCUAUUAGAUAAUUUAAGCAGUGUAUAAUAAAAUAAAUGUUAUUAAUUCCAGUUGUUUACACUCUGAAUUUAUAAAACAAAUUGUAUUCAUUAUUAAAAGAUGGCAAAUAAAAGACGUAGACCAACAUCGAUUGAUAAAAAUGAUAUUACUAUUUCGAAAUCCAAAAGGGCAAAAUUUACUUUAGAAAAUGUAUCACUGCCAGAAGUAAAUAGAGAAGGUGUCGUAUUAGUAACAGGAGCAGGAGAUGUCGGCCAAUUAGGUUUAGGACCAGAUGUUUUAGAAAAAAGCAGAGCUGCUGCUGUGAAAUUGGACAAUCCAAUAGUAGAUAUUUGCGCAGGUGGGAUGCAUACAGUAUGCUUAACAAAAGAAGGAAAGGUUCUGACUUUUGGUUGUAAUGAUGAAGGAGCUUUGGGCAGGACAACAGAAGGGAAAGAAGACGCAGAAUUUGAAGCAGGACAAGUAGAAUUACCUAGUAAAGUAGUUCAAAUAUCUGCUGGAGAUUCUCACACAGCUGCCCUAUUAGAUGACGGAAGAGUCUUUGCUUGGGGUACAUUCAGGGAUUCACAUGGCAACAUGGGCAUGACAUUAAAUGGAAAUGAAAAAUAUCCUUAUGAGAUUUUAAAGGAUGUUGUAGUGAAGAAAAUUGCAUCAGGUGCAGAUCAUAUUGUGUUUUUGACCAAUCAUGGGGAUGUGUACACUUGUGGUUGUGCAGAACAAGGCCAGUUGGGAAGAACAACAGAGAGAGGGAGCAGUAGGAAUGCCCGUAGUGGAGUGGGUAAGGGACAAUUUGCAAAGCUUCUGGAACCUUUGCCUAUUAGCUUGAAACCGAGUUUGAAGCUUCAUUUUGACAACAUUUGGGCCUCAAAUUAUGGAACUUUCUGUAAAGUAGCAAAUAGUGACAAGAUUUAUGUAUGUGGACUCAAUAAUUACAAUCAAAUAGGUCUAAAGGAGUUGGUACCAUACUUCACGCCAACAUUAUCUAAAGAUUUUUCAAAAUACAGGUGGCACAUUAUAAGUAGCGGUCAACACCACACCAUCGGUCUGGAUUUGGAUGGUAAAGUAUACGCGAUUGGUAGAAAGGACUACGGACGUUUAGGUUUAGGUAAAGACUGCGAAGACGCCUUUGAAAUACAGAGGGUGAAAGAUUUGAGCGACAAGAAAGUCGUGCAUGUAGCUUGUGGAACUGCUACAUCAUUUGCAGUCACAUCAGAAGGAGAGCUAUACGGUUGGGGUAUGGGCACCAAUGGUCAGCUGGGUACCGGAGAAGAAGACGAUUGCGAGGUGCCGACCCUGAUAAAGAGCAAGCAACUGCAGGAUAAAAAAGUUUUUAGGGUGAGCAGCGGAGGACAACACACUGUUAUCCUAGCGGUUCAAAUCGUAUCUAACAACAGCCAUGGGGACGCCUAAUCAUAAUUAACUGACUGAAGUAACAUAAUUAACAUUUAUGAAGUGAGUCAGCGGCACGGUGUCGGGGUCGACGUAAUUUACGUAAUUUUAACUUUUAGAAACUUCAUCUUCACCCUGUUGUCAGAUAAGAUUGGUGAGAGUGUAGCACUGAGUGUUAGGUGGGCUCAAUGUGCCCUGAUAAGUAACAAAAAUAAACGUAUUUUUUUAAAUUUAGGUUAAUUUUUUGUUUUAUUUUGUGAAUUAUUUAUAAAAUGUAAUUGUUUAGAAAAUUGAUGAAUUAAGAACAGUAAUAAAGUUAA